ACCACGACGCUAGAAAAAGAACGCGAGCGUCUCCGCUCCUGCAAUUUUCAGACAUCGAAGGGGGAAGAUACACAAGGAAUUAAGACGAUUUUCGGACCCCUAAACAAAUACCGAAAGGGGUCUUCACACAGAUCCUAAACCAGAAAACCACACAACAUGGUCGUAGUUACAGCAGGCACCGGAGGAGCCCAUAAAGUCCUCCUGAUAUCGGGGAAACAGAGCCGCUCCAUAUCUGUCAUGAUCCCGAACCAAGCCUCUUCAGACUCGGACUCCACCGUCUCCGGUGCACCGCUGCGCAAACGGCAGAGACUCACUCAUCUGAGCCCGGAGGAGAAAGCGCUGAGAAGGAAACUGAAGAACAGAGUUGCUGCACAGACUGCAAGAGACAGAAAAAAGGCCAAAAUGGGGGAGUUGGAGCAGCAAGUCUUAGAGUUGGAGCUCGAGAAUCAGAAACUUCACUUCGAGAACAGAUUGUUGCGAGAGAAGACGAGCGAUCUGCUCGGUGAGAAUGAGGAACUGAGACAGAGACUGGGGUUGGAUACUUUGGAAGAGAAAGAAAAGGUUCAGGUACUGGAGUCCGCGGUGAGCGAUUUGGGUUUGGUGACCGGGUCUUCUGAGUCAGCAGCACUCAGGCUACGUGUGUCCGCAGCAGGUGCAGACCCAGCAGUCCCCAAAUCUGAAGACUUCACCAUGGAUACUCACAGCCCUGGCCCUUCAGACUCUGAGUCUGAUCUCUUGCUUGGUAUUCUGGACAUCCUUGACCCAGAGCUCUUCCUCAAGACAGAACUCCCAGAAGCACAGGAGCCAGAGCUUGUGCUGGAUGCAGGUGCAGGAGAGCAAGUACCUGCCUCCCCAUCUGCAGCUUUGGGGCCCGCACCAGUUAAGCUGGAAGCCCUUAAUGAACUGAUCCACUUUGACCACAUCUACACCAAACCCGCCGAGGUGGUGAGCGAGGAGAGCAUUUGCGACGUCAAAAGCGAGGAUUCCGUCACCUUCUCCGAGGUCGAUGAAGAAAUCGAGGUGGAAGUCAAAGACGAACCGGAGGAAGUGGUCAUCCCUGCGGUGGAUCGGACUCCAGACGCGGUUGACGACUUCUUCUCUGACGCCUCUUCCUUCAGUGGCUACGAGAAGGCUUCGAAUCUGACGGAUGCUUACAGUGACUCUGGAUACGAGAGGUCUCCUUCCCCCUUCAGUAACAUUUCAUCCCCCCUCUGCUCCGAGGGCUCUUGGGAUGACAUGUUUGCGACUGAACUCUUCCCCCAACUGAUCAGUGUCUGAAGGUUGCAUACAAUAUACACCUGCCUUUGCUCUUUUAUUGUAAGUGAUUGCCAUGAGCUUCAUAGUGAUAGUACGACAGUAGCAUGUACCUACUCUUGCAGUUUAGACCAAAGGCAUUGCUUUAAGGCUUCUGUUGUAAUAACGCACAGAACUUGCGGCGACUCUGUACAGUUGAAGUGCAACUCAGUAUUUUUUGUUGGGGAAGGGGUUGGGGGCUAAUUGUUUUUAAAAGUAGAUCUAUUUAUUUGUGUAUCUCUCUUUUCCAGAGUUUACUGUAACGUAAUCCGUCUGCUUAUUGUACAACUUAAUUUUAUUGUAAAUGCUCUCCUUAAUCAUAUCGCAUUAAAAAAAAUUGCAUUGCA